AUGAUUAAUCCAUCCAAAUUAUCUAUUGCUUUCUUGGUCCUCGCAAGUGUUGCAAUAUUCACUCAUGCAGCUCCUGCUGCAGUUGGGAAUGAAAUUACAUUAGACGAAAACACCCUUUGCACCUACCUUCCUCCUGCACCAGGAGGUGAUGUUGCUGGUCACGAAAACGAUGCUCAACCAUUCUGUAAUACAACUACCCCUCCAGGAGUAAAAGGAGCAGUCAAUCCUAUUCCUGAAGGAUUUAUUGUAACAUCACAUUUCUUAAGCGGAGAGGGAUUCGUUCAAUAUACGGGUACAAUCAAUCCAGAUGCAUACAAAUUGAGUCCAACUGAUGAAGGUGGUCAAUAUGACAGUGUAGGAGCUCCACCAGGUGCACAAUGUGUGGGAAAUAAUUUUGUAAAAUUUGUGAACUUAAUCGAACCAAAAGAUAAACGUUUCUGUGUCCGUUGUUGUUCUGACAAGAGCAAAUGUGAUACUGGAAAGAGCACCUUUGGUUGUGAAACUGUCAUCCCUGGUGAUUACAGUUAA